UCCCCCUGUAACAGUAUAUAAGAUCAGAAAGUAAGUGAGGUGAGUUAGAGAUAGACACCAGAAACAACCAGAGGAACUAAAAGCACCGUCCUGUGGAAAGAAGGAAGAAUAACCAAGGUCAUGAUCAUGAAAAGCAUCCACUCCAUGGCUGGUAUCCUCCUGGUCCUCUGCUUUGUCAAGAGCAGCUGGCAGGUUCCUCUACAGGAGGCUGAAGACAGCUCAAGUUUUGAGGCAGACAACACAUUAGGUGAAGAGCCGAGGGAGCUGUCGAACAUGAAGAGGCACUCAGAGGGAACUUUCUCAAACGACUACAGCAAAUAUCUGGAGGACAGGAAGGCGCAGGACUUUGUUCGAUGGCUGAUGAGCAACAAGAGGAGCGGUGCUGCAGAAAAGCGACACGCAGACGGGACCUUCACCAGCGACGUCAGCUCCUACCUCAAGGACCAGGCAAUCAAAGACUUUGUCGCCAGUCUCAAGUCUGGACAAGUCCGAAGAGAAUCUGAAACAGAAGGGCGGGGUGAAGCGCUCAGCAGGAGGCACGUUGAUGGAAGCUUCACCAGCGAUGUGAACAAGGUGCUGGACUCCUUGGCGGCCAAGGAAUAUUUACUCUGGGUCAUGACCUCCAAGCCUUCAGGGGAGAGUAAGAAAAGACAAGAGGAUCAGUGAGACCCUGCUCAUCAACUCCCUCUGAGUGCUGCACACGAAACCAUAUUCAGGAGGAAUAGAAAGCCAUUCUAACUUUACAUGUUGUCAAGGCAACAAAAUAUUUAAAUUUGUAAGACUUUUUUACUCAGUUUGUGAUGCAAUAGAAAAAAAAUAGAAAAAAAAUGACAACUCUUCCAUAGUUUGUAUGGUGCACCACAGAGAAGAAAUGAAUUUGAGGGCAUAUUUUUCUACAAAAUUAAGUUAUUUUCUAUAUUUUUGAGGUGAAAACAAGAACACAAAAAGUGAAAUCUCAGGUAGGCCUAUAGAAAACACAUGUAGUAUGGUCGGUUUUCAGUGAAAUUUAUUUAUCUGCUCUGCAAAAAUAAAGUUUUUCCAUUGUG